GCAAAUGUAUUUUGUUUUUAAAACUUUGAUAUAAGUCUGUAAGACGGUUCGAACGUUUCAGGCGACGUCACGUCUCGGAGUGGGAGGGACUGAGCAGCCUGUUGAAGGGUGUGCUCAGCACUGAUGGACCAAGCUUAACAUACUUUCGAAAGGAAAGAUCAGAUGUACCGGUGUGCCUUAUCGGUAUUCUUUUGGAAAAGUUUAUUCAGAUGGCAUCCAAGACUUCGAGAACAGAGGACAAAAAAGCAAAUGAAUCUAUUGUGAGUGGCGAGGAGAAAAGUCCUUUAAGCAGUGUAGGAAACAUGGAUCCGUCUAACAAGGACCAACUAUGGAAAGCAGAGCCAGCCGAAGGUUCAAGGAAGAUGGGUGGAAUUGUGGAGUAUGAAGAGGAGAAAUCCAGUACAGGCACACCUUCACCAGAGCCUUUAGGAAGAAGUGAAUGGGGGAGAUCUAGUUAUUCCUUGUGUUCUGUGGAUAGAUACAGUGGCCGAUUUUCUCCCAGAGAAGUUAAUUCACCAACCCAUCAGCCCAACAGUGGAAAUGACUGUGCUACCCUGAUUCUGACCUGCCUCUUCUGCAAGUUUUCCGACUUCCUCCUCAUGCUGCCUGACAUGUGCGAAAACACAGCGAGUCUCUGUUGCCCUUCGUUCAAAUACCAGCAUGCAUCCACUGAUCAAACCGCCAGCAGCGACUGCAUCUGUAACUGCGAAUUCGACUGCAGCUUGUUUGAUGCGUGUCACGAGACCACUGAAUGCCUGGAACUGGCCAUGGAGAUCUCUGAGAUUUGUUAUCGUUGAUUUGUGGCCACAGCAAUGUUGUUAUUUGGAAAGGGUCAUUCACAACAACAUGGCACAAUGUACAGCAUAGGUACAGUAUGAUACUCAAGACAGAUGAAGGGCCAUACUGUAUGCUUGGUUUGCAUAAUUCAAAACAAUACCAGUGAGGCACAA